AUGGCCCCCGAAAAGAGGCCCGCGCCCGGCGCAGCGGGUCGCUCCAGCGCCAACCCGAACCGCGCAAACGCCGCAUCAUCAUCCUCGUCACAGUCACCGUCGUCGUCGUCUUCCAACGCCCAAGCCCCACCACCAAACUGGAAGAAGCGCAAGUUUGAAAAGGCCCAGUCCGCACGCCACAUACAGACUCAGAUGCCACGAUCCACCUCCUCCGCGCACCCACCCUCUGCAUCCACAUCCGCUUCCAAGCACCACACAUCGUCGUCGUCAGCCUCGGCAUUGGCAUCGGCAGCGCGCACCGCCAACACCGCACAGCCCCAACCCUUACCCCCGCAGCUCGACCUCGAAGCCGCCAUCUCUUCGCGCGCCUUCCAGAUACGCUCCUUUCAGAAUGCCCUGCGCAACGCCAAAAACGCAAACACUACAAGGGCAUGGCAGCUCCUCCCAAGGCACGCCCGCAGGAGGGCCGCAUCCCACAACCUCCUCCGCCUCCCCACCCGCCUCCGCCCAAAGGCCCGCAGCGAGCUCAGCGCCAGCAACACCCUCGCAAAGACGCGCGCCCAGAUACGCAGCCGCCUCCCCACACACGGCAUCGUCCGCGCCACCCUCCGCCGCCAGAAGCUCGCACAGCGCGCCGCCCACCCCAACCGCAAGUGGCUCGAGACCCACCUCUGGCACGCAAAACGCUUCCGCAUGUCGAUCGACAAGGGCAAGUCAAAGGAGUCGGACCAGGGCGUACAGACCUCGCGCUGGGGUUUCGUGCUGCCAGAGACGACCAUGAUGAAGAGCCACAAGGCCAGCUGGAGGAGCGCACUCGAAAAAGUCACCCUCCACGACGCCAGCUACCACGCCGUAUUUCGCCUUGGCGCCGAGCGCAUCCUCCCACCAUCCCAGACGCUCAGCGCAGAGGCAGAGCACGAUGCCUGGACCUUGCUCCUCACGCUCCUCGACCAGGCACUCGACCGAGCCGGCAUCUCGACCGCCGCCGCCAGUCCGGGCAACGACACACAGGCCAGCGCCGACGGCGCCGUCCAGGUCGACGCCAUCCUGACCGCUCAGCGCCCCUCCACCUCCGCCAGCACCGCAGCGCAGGCGAGGGCCGCCAUCGCGCCCGUCCGCAUCUUGCGCCUCCCCCAGCGCCUACGAUUCAUCGAGCCGGACCAGCAGGCAGCCUCGUUGCUCUCCAGGCGACAGGCAAAGAAAAAGGCCAAGACGAGCAAGGACAAGGCCAUGCCAGGAGAUGAAGCUACGUCCAUGGGUCUCGACGAGACCGAGAAUGCUGCCCCUUGCCCCGGCCGCUUGACCCGCAUCAUCCGGACCGAGGCUCUCCUCGUCAUCCACCCCGCGGCUGCCCUCGACCUCCGUAGGGCCUUGAAGCACGCUGGAGUCAUCAUGACCGACGAAGACAAGGCGACCGUCCAGCUCGAGAGCGCAAACGUCGUCAGGCUGACGGCGACCCAGCUCGACAGCGCCCCAGACCCCUGGGUCGCCGCCGGCGGCAAGGACACCACCGCGUCCAAGCUCAAGAAGCGCAAGCGGGCCCAGAGCAUGGCGGCGACCUCGUCGUCGUGGUCGUCGUCGUCGGCCCCGGCAUCCAGCCAGGACUUCCAGGAAUGGACCGUCCUGGACCGGGCGAUGCAGAGGCAGCGGCAACAUGGCUUCAACAUCUUUGAGCUGGUCGGGCCCGAUGCGGGCAAGCUGCUCGCCAGCGUGCUGAAGCCCAUCGAGCGCGGCCAGCCGGCUCGGGGCAGCUCCGCCGGCGAUGCUCACGCCGCCAACUCCAAGGAGGCGUUCCACGCGCUCAAGUGCCAGCCGGCCGUCGUGCCCACCGAUACGAGCAAGGCAAAGGCGAAUAAGGGCGCAAGGGCACCGCCAGCUCGCCCGCUCCUGCCAGACAACACCGUCCUGGCGUUUGAGGUGCACGAUCCGCGGCUCUCGUUCCCGCCCAAGCUCGUGCCGACCAAGUCGCCCGAGGUCAAGCAGCAGCCCAUCCGGCCCGCGGCCGAGCUGGCCUCGAGCCGCCUGCUGGCGUACGGGGCGACGGCGCCGCGCUUCAGCAAGGGCGAGAUCGACUCGCGGCGCGCCAAGCUGCCCAUCCCGGGCACCAGGCUCAAGCCCGACUCGCGCGACGACAUUGUGCCCGUCGUGGUGAUCCGACGCCGCCUGACCACUCGCAACCCCGCACCGCCGCAGCCGCCAUCGUCCACAUCGGCGCGGGACGGAGAGGGAGAGCGAGACAGCGGCAGCGGCAGCGCGGGCAGCAGCGGCAGCGGGGUCGAUGGGUACACCCUGAUUCUGCCGCGCGGCUGGGGCAUGGCCUUUUUCCUGAGCCUCGCCAACACGCACCAGAGCGGCUCGAGCAAGGGUGCCCGCGUGCUGGGCCAGAGGCAGAUCCAGCACCAGAGCCUCGAGAUUGCCGCGCUCCGCACCGAGGUGCCCGCCAUCGCGUCCUCGGCGUCUCCCGACUCGGCGGGUGCGGCCGAUGGGCAGGCGAGCUCCUCUGCCGUCGCCGUCGACGACGGGGCGGCACCCGCCAGGCAGGCGUUCGAGGGCCUCUUUUUCCCGCGCGACUGGAUCGGCACGCGCGCCUAUGCCGAGAUCGAGAAGGAGGCGUGCGCGCGGCGCAAGGACGAGUGGGCGCGGCGACCCAAAGGCAAGCGGGUCGAGCACGUCUUUGUCGACGAGUCGGCCGUCAGGCCGCUGUGGACGACCGAGGACGCGUCUGCGCCCGCAGCGACACAUGCCCUCGCUGCCAACGACCAGUACCAGAGCAAGAGCAGGAGCGAGAGCGAGAGCAAGGUCUCGUCCCAGCCCUCAGCCGGCGAGGUGGUGGCGGCGCUGCAGGCCAGGCUGCGCAGCGACCGGCUGGGCACCUCUCGACCCUUUCCCUUUGGCGGCGUCGGCGUGUGGGAGUGGCUGAGCGCCAACUCGGAGCGCCUCUUUGGCGCUGCACGCCCCGGCCACGAUCCUCGGGCGGGCGCGGACUCGGGCUCGAACUCGAACUCGAUCACCAGUGGCGGUGGGGGCGAGGACAAGCCGUGGCUUCUGCCGCUGACGCAGUCCGAGUGCUACGACGUCGACGCGCUGACACGGCGGGUCGACGAGGCGGCGCGGCGCGGCUCGCACGUCUACGCCAACGCGCUGGUACCCGUCAAGCUGAGCCUGACGCGCAAGGGAACGGCCGAGGAGCUGAGCAGCGUGCUUCUCCCGCCGAGCUACGACGACCAGCAGAUGUGGAUGCAACACGUCGACGUCAGCAAGCACCCUCUGUCGCUGCUGUGCAAAAAGCCGAGCGGCAGCGGUGGUGCGGCACUGCUGGAUCGGGAGACGGUCAAGAGGGAAGUGGAACGACGGCUGGAACGGCUGCAACUGGGUCGAUCUGCGCCGCCGCUGCCUACUGCGCUGGGACACGCCAAGCGCACCGUCGAGGCGCAGUUGGGCGCCACCGGAACAGCGGCGGCGGCGGCGGCGGCAAUGGUGGUGCCGAGCGAGGCGGAGCUGGAUGGGGUGCACGAUCGGUGCGCCGACUGGAACGGGAGCGUGGGCAUGGUGCUGAGCGGCGACUAUGCGCUGGGACGCGGGCGCGGCUUUGGCAUCGCGGCCAUGACGCUCAAGGCGUGGAUCGAGGUGGUCAAGCGCGAGGAGCAGACGAGGACGCGAUGCGAUGAGGCGGCAACACGCGCAGGAGCAGGAUCGGGGGGAGGGAGGAAGAAGAGGAACCCGGUCGAGUCCCGAUUCCUCGUCCUGGUUCGGGCGGUGGGGAGCGAUGUGGUGCGACCGUGUACGGCCGUUCCGAUCCACCUCUAG